CUUGCUCCCCAUUCUGGCACACACAUUGAGCUGUGGAAAAAAACACAUCUCACUUGGCAAACAAUCUACGCGUUUGGGGUUUCUACGCGAGAAUUCUGGGUAGUUUGAUUGAUUAUCGAGCUCGCAUUUGCCUUUGGCUGCGAAUGCGCGUGGUACACAUUGUGAUAUUUAGCGUUUAGAAGCAAACCGGAAGAUUGGGCGAGUAGUGUAAAAAAAAUCGAAGCAGCAGCAGCGCAGCCGAGCCAGGUCAUAUACGUGUGGCAUAUAUGCGAACGGGUCGAACGGGAAAUACAAGCCGCGGCGAGAGAGGUGGUAGUUGGCCUAUUCAUCACCAUCGGUUUGGACAUUGACUCCCGUGUAUGUGUGUGUGCGUGCGUGUAUGUGCGAUGCGUUUCCAUCGUCUCGUGGCCGUGUGAUAUUUUUCGCGUGUGCAUAAUUUCCGUACCAAAAAUCGUCGUGCGCGAAAGCUCUCUUCGCGCGUGUUGGUGUGUGCGUCAGUGUUCCCUUGUGCGCUCUGGUUGUCCCGAACACAAAAGCCAGGUGCUUACAUAAAACAAGAAGCUCGACUUGCAAGUGUUCAAAAAUAAGAUCCGCUGGUUGACGCGAAAUCCACCGCUUAUCCGAGGCGGAGAAUCGAAUUGAGGCAGACGGACCAGCCCGUUCGCUGACUUUCUCCUCCUCCUCCUCCCCCCCUGGGUCGCCUCGUUCCCCUCGGAAGACUUUGACUGAGGCCUCACCUAAAUAGGAAGAAAACUUCCGAGCAGGCCAGAGCAAUACACUGCUCGCAGCAGCGUGACACGCGAGUGAAAGAGACAGAAAGAGACUGUUCGAGAAGCAGCAGCAGUAGCGCCGAACCGGAAAAGAAACACAUCUAAGCAACAGCUUCGAAGAAAAAUAAGGGUUUUCUUCUGGGACACAGGGCGAAAAUCCUGCUGGAUAACGAUCCCUAGGUUUGCCGAUCCGUAGGCCGACCCCGUCCAGAAAAUGUCCACUCCAGCUCGCAGACGUUUGAUGCGAGAUUUCAAAAGGCUUCAGGAAGAUCCACCAACCGGCGUGUCCGGUGCACCGACCGAUAACAAUAUUAUGAUCUGGAAUGCUGUGAUUUUCGGACCGCACGACACACCUUUCGAGGACGGUACGUUUAAGCUAACGAUAGAGUUCACCGAGGAGUAUCCCAACAAACCGCCCACGGUGAGGUUCGUGUCGAAGAUGUUCCACCCGAACGUCUACGCCGACGGUGGCAUUUGCUUGGACAUAUUGCAAAACAGAUGGAGCCCCACAUACGAUGUGUCGGCUAUACUAACAUCAAUUCAGUCGUUAUUGAGCGAUCCAAAUCCAAACUCGCCAGCCAACUCGAUGGCCGCACAGCUCUACAAAGAAAACCGCCGGGAGUACGAGAAACGAGUGAAAGCGUGCGUCGAGCAGAGUUUUAUCGACUAGCCCCGUUCCCGUUGCUGUCCUUGUCCUUACCGUCUGCGCUGUCGUUGUCGUAACCACCAUCAACACCGCCACCCUCACCGUGGUGCCGCCUUUCGCUACGAACCGGUGUACCGAGAUCAUCAUCGCUGUCCUGCUGCCACGUUCUUCGGCGUCACUGUGCAAGGUACGGUGGCACCCAACCUGCUGGAUCUCCUUACGCUCCACAAUUUACCCCAUGCUAGACGGUUGAUGAUAUUUCGGUAACUUUUUUUUCCCCACCCGGCAGUCAGCCAGCCCCCAUUGCACGCGGCUGCCCUCCGCAGUGGCGCGUUCCUAUCCGAUCGAGAAGUGUGUGUGUGUGAGGGGUGUGCCUUUGCGAUCAUAUGGCACACUACUAUGCUGGGGAUUCCAGAUCGCGUGUGUGUGUAUUUACAGCUCAUACAGUGCGCACUGUAAGUAAUGAUGAAUGAGCAUAUACUUACCACCAACAUGCACAACACUAGCUUCCGACCCUUUAGGCUGAGAAUGAUUUAUUUAGAUACAAUUUUUUGUUUUUGCUUUUGUUUCUGUGUUCACAUUGAAGUGAAGUAAAAUUUAAAACUAUACAAUUCAAAUGCAAAUGCUAGCAGUGUGCAUCGUUCAUGCUUAGAAGAGGUGGAAAUAGAAUUUUACAUCCCGCCCCGAAAUUGGAACCUAGCGCGUCGGCGUUACUUAGCAACAGCCGGAAAAGGCUUUCUCCAUUCUCACAGCUGGCUGCAAUCCAGCCCUUCUGUCCAUUGCAAUUGCAUGCCCAAAAGGCGUCAAAAGGGGGUGUGUGAACCGCAAUCGUGGCGCAGCUCUGGUUUGAAAGCAUGUUAGUAUAUUUAUUGAAUUCACAAAACCCCGGGGGAGGAGGUGUAAUGUCAAAAAUGAACGCAAAUGUACGUAAUGCGCCUGUGUACCUAAAUCGGUGCGUGUGUGGUUGAAGAUCAAGAGAACAAGGGAUAGUUGAAGGAUAAAAAACAAUUCAACACAACGUGUAAGUGAAAAAGAAACCAUUGUUCUAACAAAUCUUGCAAUAGAGGUUAAAAAUGGCGCUGGGGAAAACGAGCGUUGAUGAGCAAAUAGUUCGCUAUCAUAGUAGAUCGAUUACGAAAUAAAAUACACUCUACACGGUUUAAUAAUAUCUACAACGAUCGGCCAUCCAUUUCUUCGUUUUCAAUCGACUGUACAUACGGUUGGUCCCUUUGCUCUGUACCUCGAAUCAAUCAGUCCCCAACGUGUGUUGAGCGGUGCAAUAACCUCUUACCACCUUACUUUGGGCGUCCCCUUAUUCUCUCGCACCUUCGUGAGUUGGAUUAUUCGGUGAUUAAACUUUCUCGUCUCUCGUAUACACCACGGAGCACACAACAGGCCGGCCAGGCCUGACAGAAAAAAAAAACUAAGUGCACAGAUUCAAACACACCCUACCGCUUCGAGGAUAGGAAGAUACAUGAUACGGAUGUUGUAGCAGAACAAAAAAAGGAACUCGCAAGACAAGGUUCGCGCAAAACUGGGAUGAGGUUCGCUGUGAGGAGGAGGUGGUGGAGUAGGAGCAUGAGGUUAUGGUGAGAAAUAUUACGAUAAUAUUGUAAGCAUAAUAUAUAUACCGCUGCGAAAGCAAGCAAACCAACAACAAAAACACACACACACACACUCGACGAACAAACCAGGGAAAGAUAGCAAUGAAUUGAAUGUAUGGUCCGUGCUGCGGGCGCACGUUCGACAACAACAAAUUUAAUUAUUACAUUUGAGGAGCAGAGAUGAGAAAGCGCGCGCACGCAUCAAAGAACCUAUAGGUACGCCACAUCCGCACCACUAUUGGAACUCAAGAGAAAAAGAUAUACAUGAACUCGACCUGAUACUGUGUAAUAAUUAUAAUAAAAUAAUAAUUAAUCAAACGAAAUUUAAGCAAAACAAAAACUACUACUGUGCUAGGUGGGAGGGGAAGCAGGAAGAGAAGCCCGGAAGGAAGCGGAAACGGAGCUAAGUGCAAAUGUGCAUCAUACAACAAUUAGCUGCUCGGGGUGAAAGGAAGCGUGCACAAGCGGGGGUUAAGCACCUUUAAUGAAUUGUGAAGCAACACUACUACUCUCUCAGCAUAGCAAUUGUAUUGUGAAAACAGCCCCCAGCCGCUGGAUACCAGAUGAAGAAGCGAGGAAAUUAUAACGAAACUAAACAAAGAAGAAAUAAAACGUAUAAAACCUUAA